UGAAAACAAUAUUUAACAAACGUUUCGUACAAUCAGUUCAUCACAGCUUAAGAGAUGUCACAAAUCGUGAAAUCAAUGAAGACAUCACUCGAGACCACAGAUGACGGCAAUGAAGACAACAUUCAACAGACACAAAUCUAUGCGAAGAAGUCUUUUAAUCGUUUCGGUGAUGAAUUGUUUGGACACAUAUUGUCUUAUCUCACAUUCAAAGACCGAUUCCAAUACGAAUGUGUGUCCAAACGCUUCCAGAGAAGAAUCUUCGAGAGUGUUGUGUAUAUUGAUAUUUAUGCCUUCAAUGGAUUCAUUAGACAAAACACAACAAUUGCUCAAACGUUGGCCACAAUCGCCAGAAAGUGUCCAAACAUUGAGACCAUUGAUUCCAUACAAUUGAGAGAAUUUUAUGGAUCCGUUUACAAAGUGUUGACAAUAUUUCAUAAUAGUUGUCAAUAUUUGCGUCAAAUAUACUGUCUGUUACGUUCAGAUUAUUAUCAAUUGAUCCAACGAUUCGGACCAAUGAUGACACGAAUACACGUUUACGAUCCGCUGGCAAAGCAUUCCCUCAUUCAAUGCCACCGAUUGUCUCAUUUGCGAGUCUAUCACCACUUGUCUGAUGUCUUCGACACCACUUCAGGGCAACUAUUGGCCAACAAUUUACACACCUUCUCAUUCAAUCACAGUUUGACUGCGAGUGGAGUACUCUUUGAGGCAUUCAUUGCCGGCAAUCAGACCCUCAAAAGUCUGACAAUAUAUCCGUCGAUUGAUUGUUCAAAGAAUAUGAAUGAAGUGACCGAACGGUUGUCACGAUUACCACAAUUGCGUGAAUUGACACUUCAUUUACAUCUAACCGAUUGCCAGACAUUGAAUUCAUUGCCGUUUUGUCCGCAAUUAAAACGAUUGAAAUUAGAUCUCAAAGAAGAAAUCAACCCUCAAAUGUUGGAUCCGUUGAAACACUGCCGACGGUUAACACAUUUGACUAUACAUUCAAUCGGACCUAAAUUUGACACCAAUUCGCUGUUUAAUUGCGGUAAUCAUUGGCCACGACUUCAAUACCUAUCGAUUGAGGAUUGGUUUUACGAGAGAGGCGUCGGGUUUUUGUCUCACAUCUCGAGACUACCGGCACUGCAAACGCUUAAGUCCUAA